UGACUCAGUCAGUGUACCGUCAGCCGUGGUCGAGAGUGGCCGUGUGCGAUUCGUCGCCCCUCUCCGCUGUUUCCGCGUUCUUCUGCCCGAGCACCGGUAUCUGCAGCCGGUUUAGUAUUCUCGAAAUGCAUCCGGAGUUGACGCAAAGCCCUUGAAAAGAGAGCGAAGAGUCUCAGAAUGCCGAAAAGAAGUGACGCCAUUCCAUUUCUACGAGGUAUCUUUUUGAUAAGUGGAUUGGGGCGCGCGCCUUCUUAUCUCCAAGUGUGGUCUUGUGUGUUUAAGGGGCCGAGGGAGUAAGAGCCAAGUAGUUCGCAAAGUGUUGUUCUGGAGGUUCCUCGAGCGCUUCUGCUCCAAGUAGGACUGAUGAAGACACUCGAAGGCCUUAACUGUUAACCAGAGGACGACAUCGUAACCUGAGAGAAGCGCAGUCUUGUACUAUACUACAUAGCCCCUGGCUUCCCGUGCCAGACAGCAGAGAGAGAGAGAGAUUUUGUGUCAGGUGAGGAAGAACGAGAAGAAGAAGAAGAAGAAUCGGACCUCGCUUGGAAGCAAAAAUACCUUCGAAUCUCCGCUCAUUCGAGGAGGACUCGGGCAGCUCGAGUGGCAAGUGUGGGUAGUGGACUUUGGGGCGUGUGGGCGUGCUGUGACGUCAUCGUUUGGGCUCUGUGGGUGGGGCAGAAGGUGCCAAAUAAGGAUAGGGAGAGGGAAGAGGAGGCUCUGCCGCCACCACAUGCUGCUGCUGCUGCUGCUAUUGCCUGCCUUCGACCCCCUUAAGAUUCAAGUCCAGGAUGCCGAGUAGCGUCAGUAGCAAGGGCUCAGGGAGCCGUCACAACAACAACUAUGGUGUUGUGGCCACACAGUACUACGAAUCGGGCCCACCUGCCUCAAAAAUGCAGCUGACCUCGCUGGAAGACGGCGAUGUUUACGAAACCAUCAAAGAAGAGGAGUGGCUCAAGAGAAAGAAGGUGACGACCACCACGACGAAGAACAUAGAAACCAGGACACAGAGACAGGUCGUCCUCGAAGAUGGCGAAGUCGUAGCUGACUCCGGUCCAAUCGUCACCACGGAUUGCAAGGAAGACACCGUCACCAAUGAGGUCGUGGCGGAUGAGCACCUGACUCCUGAAGGUCAGGAAGGAGGCGCCGACGAGCCCCCCGGGGAGGGAUGGCUGCCCGUCGGGGGCGCUGUGGUGGUCUCCGAGAAGAAGGAGCACAUCACCAACUCGCAUCAAGUGGCAGAGAACAAGAGGGAAAUGGAGGAAGUCGUGCACUGUGGAGACGUCACAAAUCAGGAGGUAGAGGACCACGUUGAAGGUCGCACUGACCUGCGUGCCCUGACAGAGGCCAGGGAAGGAAGAGGCUGGGAAGUGGCCAAGCCCGAACGCCGUUUAGUGCACGAAUCUGCUCGGAAGUGGGGAACUGUCGACACAGAGGACGUACAUGAGACCAGUCGAAUACAAGAUGGCCAUGUAGUGACAGAGACUGAAAGAACAACACAACACGAAGAAUACGAAAACGAAUCGCUCCCGGAUUCAGGAUCGUCCCUUAGUGACGGAUCUGUUCAUGAAAAAGUGAAUGAAACUCAGCAUAACAUAGUACAUACUAAAGACGAAGAUAUAGUAGAGUACUACGCUGUCCCUCGUGGUGGUACUCUAGCUCAAGGAGUUAAACUCGGUGAAGGAAUGCACGUUGUGAGUGAAGACUUUCAUGAGGAUAGGGAGGGAGAGGAGUUAGACUCCCUGAGUGAACGACUUCGCAGAGCUCGACGAUUAGGAGCCCUGAAACCAAAGCCUAGAGAAACACCAGAGCGAACAGAUGCACUAACUCGUAAACCAUUAGAUUAUCACGAAGAAGAAGAGACUCGUAAAUCAGAAACCAAUCGUUGGCUAGAAAAUCACUUUGGAAGUGAGUCUGGUCGGUCAGGAAGCUCUCAUCACGAUCUGGAGGAAGAAAGUGGAGUUCAUACAGUAGGUGGCAAUAUUAUUAAAAUCACAAUGAGUCCUCGACCAGCAACACCAGAAGAUCAGCCAGACGCCGCUCCAUCGGGAAUGCGUCGGUGGAGCAAUGCCCCUCUGGCACCCAACCCAUCAGAUGAACCUAAGGCCCCUCCUCCACCACCCCCACCAAAACCAGCAGGGUCAUGGACACCUUCAGCACCCAUUUCAUCACAUCAGCCAGUUCCACCAGGAGAUGAGAUCACAGAUUCGAUGAUUGCUGCUGCAAGAGCAAGAUUACGAACCACAGGGCGAAUUUUAGAUGAAAGUGACCAAAACACACCACCUAUCAGCCCUCCUGCAACCAAUGGGUCCAGAUACACUAGCCUUUCAGAAAGGGUUCACGGAAUUUCAAAGUCAUCUGGAGGUACUUUCACUUCACCACCAAUGUCUCCAACAGGAGUCAGUAGUUAUCAACGAGAUGAUCCUGUUUUUAAUAGCAAAUUCAGGUCAGGAAGCCCGUGUGGUGUGACAUCAAGGAUCUUCCCUAAAAGUUCUCGCCCUACCUCACAUUCUCCACCUGACAGUCCUCCUCCACCAUUGCCAUCAACGCCACCACCACAGAACAGCAACGUUGGUCGCUCUCAGUCAUUUAAUGUUCAGACAAAAUCUUGGAUGAAUAAUGUGUCUAGAGCACCAUUAUCUCGCCCUCUGGAAUCGAGGAUGAAAGAGUAUAAGAGCGAAGAACAGUUGGAUGUUAUAGGUCACAGAUCUGCAAGACUAUGGCCGCCUCCACGCAGAGAUCCAUCUCCUGAGCCUCUAAAGGAACGUACGCCAUCUCCUCCGCCACGCCAACGUAGCUUUUAUUCUUCUCAUAAUGAAAACACUCAUUACAAUACAGCACCUACAAGAUCAUCAAGGAGUAGGAGGAGUGAAUCAUCUACUCAGACAAUUGCCAGGGAUUCUGCAACUCAGACUGGACCAUCACCUGUCCCACCACCUCGAACUAAGCGAAAAAAUAAGCCCAAAACUUAUUAUUUUGGAGAAGAUUCAUCUUCAACCACAUCAUCUUCCAAUAGAGUGUCAAAACAUCCUCUUAUCUCAACAGCUACUACUACUCAGUCAUAUUCCAGAGUAACCCAGGACAAUAGAACUUCACCUAAAAUUGAGAGAAGAUUUAAGACCACAAAGACUAUCACCCCUGUUAUAAUGGCAGCUCCAUCAAGUAAUAACCAUACAAGCCACAAGUCAAGCUUAAAGAACAAAUCAUGGCAUUAUCGUAGUAUGGAUGAGCUUAGCAGUGGUCCAGAUAAUACUCCUCGGGCUUCAUGGACAAAUACUGUAGACCCACGUCGUCAGCCAAGAAACUACAGUGUUGCCAAAGAACCUGAAACUAAAACUCUCCCAAAGAAACUUGUCAAUGGGACAGCAUCACCUAGCAAAACAUAUAUCUUUGGCAAUGAAAGUACAUCUGGACGACACCGAAUGGCAUCAGGUUCUUCAUCACACAUGAGACGAUCGCAUGGUGGUUCAAUGGUUAACGUUUCUUUAGCCGGCAUGUCUUGUCCUAAGAGCACCAAUUACCAAGAACCCGAAGAACUGCAGACUCCAUCAAAAGGUGUCAAGUCAGUUGUUAGAAGUCACAGUCUUAAUGUCAAACCAGCUGCACUUUCUACUAUGGGAACAACAACAACAGCAACAACCACCAGUGGAACAGGACUGUCUUCCAAUCUUUCUAGCCAGCAGAGAACAUCUUCAGUAUAUAGGUCUUCUCCAUAUCUAAAUCUAAGGAGCCCUAACCUCAUUGCUACAAUUGCUCGUACUAAUUCAACUAGACGAACAGAAGAGGAAUACAAUGGCUACAAACGUGAUGAGUCACCACCACCAGAACGAAAUCAGUCUUCGUACUCUUCGAGAAGUAAUGUUUCUCGAAACAAUAGCACAGUCAUUAGAAGUACAGCUAACAACACGUCAAUGACUAAUGGAGAUAUAGACAACAAAGAUGAUGAAAAACGUAAUAGAUUUAUGAAAGGUCUUCUUACUACAGCACCAGAACUUUUCCACUUUAUCCAUGGUGAGGAGGGUGACAGAGAGUCCAACAACAAUAGUGACAGGUACAGAAAUUCUCCAAACCCUCCGGAGUCUCCCCCUCAACUGAUCAGGCCUCCAGAGUCACCUGUAACCUCUCCAGUUUCACCUCCUUCUAAUGCCCCUAGGAUUUUCACCUUUGGUCGUGGGGAAAAUGGGUCUCUGAAGCGCACACCUUCCCUUUCUCAGGAGAACAACCGUUUUAGUAGCCUGGGGAGACAACGUGAAAGUAUUACUAGCAGCUACAUGGACAACAACAAUCAUCGCGACAGCAUUACAUCCUCAACCAAUCAGCGUAACAGCCUAAGCUCACAAUACCAUCGUAACGCUGCCCUUAGCAACAAUGGAACAAAUUCUCUGAACAGACCAAAAUUCAAUUUGAAAACUUCUGGCAGCUCUCUGCUCUACUCUCCCUCCUUCCGCAGCCAGGUCGAUUCCACUCCUCCAUCUCGCUGGAAUCGUCGAGGCUCUGAUUCCAACGAUUCUUCUUCAUACAGAUGGAAAGAUCAGGAUGAGGAUGUCCCCAUUAGAGGAAAGACUGGCGGCAAUGUGACGCAAAACCUUGCCAGAGAUGGUGCUGUUCUUAUCCCCAUCAAAGACUGGAACAGUCGUUGAUUUAAGAACCAUUAGACUUUUCAUUCGUGUAAAGUUCUAUCAAAUUGUCGACCAGUCAGUUGUACCAAUAGAUUAUUAUAAGAAUUCACGUUUUCUGAUGUUAUAUAUGUAUAGUCAAAGUUUAAAGAAUAUCUUCUCUGUCUCACGUGGUUUGAGCUGAUUUUUAAAACAGUUCUGUACGAUGAAUUCAACGUAUUCUGAUUCCAUGUCGGAUAAAAGCAGUGGGGACACUAUUGGGCUUUGUUACUGAAUUCCCUUAUAAAACUGUACAUGAAUAUACAAUUUACAUACUAUUUAUUGAUGACCAAAAGCCUCUCGCUAUCUCUUCCUAUCAUCUACUUUGUGAGAAAAUGAGACAACCCAUUGUGGCCUCAUUGCUUACUUUGCCCUGACAGAGGCUAGUGCAGUUCUCCUGAUUUCAUGUCCGGUGAGUUCGGGUUGAUUUGCACUCUUCAUGUGUACUAUGUCGUAUGUGAUAAUGCUUUUACUUAGUGGCAAAGUCUUCACGAAUGGACGUUGCAUUACUAAAACCAGUUACAAAGUGUUUGUGCCGUGGAGUGACAUGUGCCAUAUGUAAGUGUUCUCGAAAGAUGCGAUGGUAUCUGCCGCCAUGUAAAUGUCAAAUCUCUAAGAAUGCGCUGAUUAUCAUAGAAGACACCUGUUUCAGUUGGAAUGCAUUUCUGGAGAAAGUGUGUAAGUUAUUAUGAUAGAUUUGGUGCACAACAGUCGGUAGACGAACGGUGUGAACUUCUGGUGGAAAUUAUUGUAACAUGCUUGCUUUGAAUAGCACAAAAUGAUCUGUUGUAACUGCAGUUGUAAUAGGGUAGAUAAGUGGUUUCACUUACACAGUAACGAGUUGUUGAUAGCGUGAAGCAGUGAUGUAAAUAGAGAGUCUCUAGAAUUGGUUUAAUGAUAGGUCCUCUGAUGCUUCGUGGAAUGAAGUAAGCCUAUUUCACCGUCACAAAUUGAUUUACGCUGUACUUGAUUAUAACCAAUUGUCAAUUUUGGUUGUACAUUGUAGGAAUAAUCACAUGGUAUAGCUAUAAGUCGUGUGUAGCUUUAUUAUUAAUAUACUUUGUAAUAUAUUUUGUAAUUAACGUAAUUGUUAAGAAAGAUAGAGUUGCUAUUAUUGAUAAGCCUGCAUUUACCUCUCUGCAGAUUCUUGCAAAAUGCUGAGCAAGGCGAGCGCUGAGGUUUGCACUUUCUAUUCCGUCCAUUUACAGAAGAGAUGAAAUAACCAAGUGGCUUUGAGGAGCAAUUCCACUGUUAUCACAGCCCACAUUCAUGCCAUAUGUGAUGCGUCAUGCGCUUGUAAUGCAUAGUUCAUAACUUAAGUCUUGUGUCCCAAAGGACGUUUGAAAACAGUAGGAUUAAAAGGAGUUUUCAUGACGUGGAUCAGACUGAUUUCAAAUUGUAAUUUAUCUUGUCAGUGACUUUGAGUCGUCCUCAACUUGUUUCUGGAGCUUCCAGGGAAGGUUAGACACAACUCAGCAGUUGAAACGUUGGAAAUAAUCAGAUUUAGAAAAUUAGAAAGUAAAAUCAUGACCUCGGCAACUGAUUUUAGCAUAUUCUCUCGUUGCUUUGAUCUUUCAAAUGCUUUGACAAAGAAGAGUUACCAGACUACUUUUGGUUACUAUUACAGAAUCUAACGGAAUCUAAAUCACAGAAUCCACUUAGCUACUGCAUAUAGGAUCAGUUAUAUCCUCAUUAGAUUUUCUUCAUAUAGCUGGGAUAUAUAUAUAUAUAUAUAUA